GGCUGGAUGACAUGCACCUGCAAACAACACUUGACUUAUCCCAGAGAGCGAUCAUUCAAAAGCAUAACACUGUCUGCAGCUGUUUUGUCAGGCCAUCUUGGGUCCUCUCCGAGUCAGAGCAGAUGGACCAGGUAUCAAACCGGUCGGGUGUAGGCAGCAGCGACGCCACAGAUGAGACAACGUCAGUGAUGGGUGACAGGUCCAGCGUUGAUGAGGACGAUGAGAGCUCGGAACCUCAGGUAAACUGUGUCCCCCUGCCCACCUACCAGCAGAGGUGUGGCGAGUUGAGGAGGUUGUUCAAAGAGGUGUCAGGCUCAGAGAGACUCCUUGUUGACUACCCAUGUGCCCUCCUUCGAGACAUCCUUCUUCAGGGACGCCUCUACCUCACAGACAAUUGGCUCUGUUUCUACAGCAAUGUGUUCCGAGUCACUAAGAUUGCCCUGGACCUGAAAGACAUCGAGCAAAUGACCAAGGAAAAAACCGCUCGUCUGUUUCCCAACGCAAUCGUCUUCCGCACGAAAACAGAGAGGCUCUUCCUCACGUCCUUCUCAGCAAGAGAGAAGAGUUACCUGGUGGUUUUCCGCAUGUGGCAGAAUGCGCUGUUGGGCAAGACGUUGACCCCACAAGAGUUUUGUCAGAUGGUCAAACAGCAUUAUGGCAAUGAGGCACUGAGUCAUGAGGAGAUGGAGAGCUUGCAGUCAACCGCCGAAUUCAGCACGCGGACCCGCGUGAUAGAUGGUGGCGAUGACAACCUUCCCAGACCGGAGACUUUCAACCCUCAGGACACUGAAGUGCCCUCCCCAAGUGGCUUAUUUACUUUUUGUACCGUUGUCGAGCAGGAGGAUCCUCGCAUCCCCUUCCCUCCGUGCUCCUCUUCGCCUCUUCUGGAUCGGAACCCCAAUGCUGUGUCUGAGGAGAGCGUAUCAGAGAGUGUGGAUGAAGAGGAUCGAGUGGGCCUGCCACAAGAACAGGGUCGCCUUUACCUCAACAGAGUCUUCCACAUGAGCGCCACCCGAAUGUUCGACCUGCUCUUCACAGACUCUCCCUUCAUUCGCAGAUUCAUGAAUGUGCGAAAGAUAACCGACCCCAGCUUCACAGCAUGGCAAGAAGACACCACGGGGAACUCAAAGAGGAGCCUGAACUACACAAUCACCAUCAGCAACCCUCUGAUUGGGAAGUUCUCCACGGCGACAGAGAAUCAGACACUGUACAAAGAGUCGCAGGAUGGUCACUAUUACCUGGUGGACUCUGAGGUGUACACCCAUGAUGUCCCCUACCACGACUACUUCUACACUCAGAAUCGAUACUACAUCAGAAGGCACUCCAAGCACAAGUGUCGCCUGAAGGUCUACACAGAUGUGAAGUACAAGAAGCAGCCAUGGGGCCUGAUUAAGUCCUUCAUCACCAAGAACUCCUGGAAUGGAAUUGAAGAUUAUUUCAGAGAACUUGAGGCUGAACUUCUGGAGGAGGAGGCCGAGAUCACGCAGGGAGGUGCAGACUCCGGGAAGAUGGGCGGGCUGCUGCGGCGAAGGAGGCAUGCCUACAGCCGGAUCUCACCGGAACACAUGAAGCCCAACAAGCAAGUCGCCAUCCAGCGCGGAGAUGGCAACAUGGGACCAGUGCAUAUUAACAGCCCGGACAGAUGGAACAUCCCAACAAUCGUGGCUGGAAUGAGUAUGAUUUUGCUGAUUCUGACCAUGCUGAAUGUGGGCUUGUUCUGCAAGUUGUGGGCAAUGGAGGACGUGGCCCACCGCAUGUACCUGACGACAAAACAUCGCCUGAGGGAGAGGAGCGAGGCCAGCGUGGUGCCUGAAUAUGGUUCAAGACCGGGUUCCGCCUACAUGACCAGAGAGGAGGCACAGCUGCUCAAAACUGUACUGCAGGACUCCAUCAGUCUUUUAGAACAGUUGCGCAGUUCUCUCCAGUUGCUACAGCAGAACUUUGCGUUGGCCAAUCAAACGGCUGUGAUGCAGUGACGCCUCCAUGCCUGCUGGGCAAUAUAAAGUUGAGCUGCCUGUUGGGAAACCGCUGGUGUGUGGUGAAGUUGGCACGGUGACACGUUUAUUUCGUAAUAGACUCCAGGAUGUUUUUAAUGCUGCGGACUGACCUUUUAUAAAUUACAGCAAAAUAAUCACAUGUGCCUGUGUGUGAGUUGCAAAUGUAAAUAUUUUAGUUUUACGACCUGAAAGUCAAUCAUUAUUUAAAAUGUCUUUGUUUACAAGUUUGCACAUUUUAAUUUUUGCACAAGGACCUUGAUGUCAAGCUCUGUUUUUAGAUAAAUUUUAAUUUCUUUAAAGGCAUUACAUUAUCUGCAUUUUAGGUUGAAAAUAAUGUAGGUGAUGUUUUUGUUCUGUUUUCCUUUUUGGGCAGUAAUGUUAACAAAUCCUACGUAAAACUACAUUAAAUGUAUAGUAGUCUUUGUGCCUGUAAUGCCUGAUGUUAGAGGUGCUAUAAAAUGAUGAUUUAAACUUCCCUUAAUGUUUGUACAUUUCCUCAUUUUCUGCACUGUUUUCCCCAUUUAAGCUGUUGUUUCCUAAAGGCACCCGGGAGUCUUGGUACUGUGCAAAUGUUAAAUGCAGGUUUGACGCCAUUAAUAUUUUUCCAGCUUCAUGUUUACGUUGUUGCCUUCCCUGUUCACUUUUGGCCACAAUGCACUUUUUGUCAAUAAACAAUGAUUCUUAC